CCCUCCCUCCCUCCCAGGACCCACACGAUGAGCAAGAGGAAGAGCGGUGGGGUCUCGUACGUGAAGCCCGCGGAGCCGGCCUUCCUCAGGCGGUUUAAACAGGAGGUUGGGUUCAAAGAGGGGCCUACGGUGGAAACCAAGAGGCAACAACUCCCAGAAGACAAUGACAGUGGACAGAGUGAUGGAGACGAUGAACAGCCGCAGGUGGUAGUUAUCAAACAGGGUGACCUGACAGCUGAAGAAGCUGCAAAAGCCAAACUCGCAGAAAGCUCAAACAAGAAAUCUGAGGAGCCAGAGCCUGAGGAUGGGAAGAUUGUGUUUAGAAAACCAGCAAAGCGUUCUUCAGAGGACAAGUUUACAGGUCUGACCGCCACUUCUAGUAAAAAGAAGAAAGAAGAACAGAAAGAGUGGACAGACUCCAAAGAUUCAGAGAGCAGACCAAAACAAGUCAAAAACAGCAGUUUGCUCUCCUUUGGAGAUGAUGAAGAUGAUGACUAGAGCAGGAGGUACUAUAUUCACUUUGGGCCCGUCAGUAAGAGCUCUGGUAACAUUGUUCCCCUAUGCAUUUUAUAUGAACUCAAUUCAACAAUCCAGGCAACAUGUAUCAUUAGCUUGGCAUGAAAUCUCCAUAUAAUGGUUUGACCCAAUAUAUAAGAUUCAUGGUAAUCGUAUCGUGGUAUCUUUCCACAAUCUUGUUGUCAUUUGGGGUAUUGUGGUACAGUAAAAAAACUUGGGUACAUUUAAAGAAAAUGGGUUCAAGCAAACUGGUAAUUUCAGAGAAAAUAUAUACCUUUUCAUUUUCUGAGCAUCCCCUUAUACUGCUCGUUUUAAGUGAUUUAUAAUAAGCAGCGUGUCCUGCAUUCUAUUAUAUCUUGGUUCAUUAUGGAAGAAAAUAAACUGGUAACAUGGGCCUUGGAUAAUAAGUCUCUAUUUUAGCCUUUCCAGAGGGCUCUUACUAGUGACUCCCAUUUGUAAUAUAGUGCAGAAAUUGUGAUUCCAGGUGGGAAUGUCUAGGAUAAACUUAUAAGGAGUCUGGAAAUGUAUUUACACAAAAAUGAAGCUGCAUCUAUUUGUGCUUUUAUCCGUAUCAAGUUUAACUGUUGACUUGUUUUGCAUAUUUUGUCCAGUUGUUGCAUGUUAACAUUAAAGUACUUACUGAUUGUGAACAAUGUACGCUGUGUUUUAUAUUUGUGGAAGAUUGUCUUGUAUGAACUGUAGCUUCCUUUCAAUAAAAUAGAUUCCCUCAGA